CCGCGACUACUCGUCCCAGCUGCGCCACAUCUCCUCUCCUCUCUGUAACGUGCACCCUACUCUGUGGGAGCAGCAUUGUUGCCAGCAAUGGCGAGAGCCGCGCUGCUCCUCCCUGUUGCUCUGUUGCUGUGUCUUGCGCUGGCGGGCAGCGCCGGCGCUGCGAGGAAGACGGUCGGGGUCUACGAGCUCAAGAACAAGAAGGGGGACUUCUCCAUCAAGGUCACCAACUGGGGAGCCACCCUCAUGUCUGUCAUCGCUCCUGACUCCAAAGGGAACUUGGCUGAUGUCGUCCUUGGGUACGACACCGUUGCUGGGUUUGUGAACGGUUCUUCUUACUUCGGUGCGCUGGUCGGCCGUGUGGCCAACAGGGUCGCCAAGGGCCGCUUCGUUCUCGACGGCAAAGCCUACCACCUCUACAUCAACGACGGCAAGAACGCGCUCCAUGGUGGCCACAGGGGGUUCAGCAAGGUCAUCUGGACGGUGAAGGAGUACGUGCCUGACUGCGACUCGCCGUACAUCACCUUCUACUACCGCAGCUUCGACGGGGAGCAAGGAUUCCCGGGCGACCUGGACGUGUACGUGACGUACCAGCUGUCCGGCCCCUACGACCUGAGCCUGCACAUGAACGCGACGGCGCUCAACAAGGCGACGCCGGUGAACCUGGUGAACCACGCGUACUGGAACCUGGCGGGCCACGGCAGCGGCGACGUCCUGGGCCACGUCAUCCAGGUGUUGGCGUCGCAGUACACGCCCGUGGACCAGUCCAUGAUCCCGACGGGGGAGAUCGCGGCCGUCGCCGGCACGCCCUACGACCUGCGGCGGCCGACCCCGUUGGGCUCCAGGAUCGGCCUCGUCUCCGGCGGCGGAGCGGUCGGGUACGACGUCAACUACGCGGUGCACGGGCAGGGGUUCACGCUGGUGGCGCGCGUCAGGGACCCGGCGUCCGGGCGGGCGUUCGAGCUGUGGGCGAACCAGCCCGGCGUGCAGCUCUACACCAGCAACUGGCUCAAGGACGAGAAGGGCAAGGCCGGGAAGGUGUACGGGAAGUACGGCGCGCUGUGCCUGGAGACGCAGGCGUUCCCGGACGCCGUGAACCACCCCAACUUCCCGUCGGCGAUCCUCAGGCCCGGCGGGGUGUACCGGCACGACAUGCUCUUCAAGUUCUCCUCCUGAUCGAUGACACCUUGCACGAGUACCUGCGCGUCACUGUGCAGUAGCAACAAGGUCAGCGUGCCAAAUGUAGUGAGUGACGUUGGUUACAAGAGGUGGCUCCUGCUAGUAGCUAGCGGUGCUUUGUGUAACGAAGAAACGUGCGUGGUGCAUCCGUGAGCACAAUCUUGUGCUGAACUUCUUUUUUGGUUGCGUUCGUCAGUAGCCGUUGUGGCGUUGUUAAUCAAAGCAAAUGUUUGGCGCA